GACAUCUCACGUUGCACGGACACUCUUAUCACGCAUCACAGGGUUGAAACAAAGCGGCGCUGCGCCCUCGCACUCGAACCGGCACCUGCGGCACUGGGGACAUUCGGUUCAUACAGAAAAGGCAGUGGGCGCGUCUUUGGAAGCAGCGCUGCCGCUUGCGGUCAACAUGUUCCUGCCCCUGAUUUGACCGUCUCUCCCUGAUUCCUAGCGCGACUUCGACUCGUCGGAGAUGAACGGCGGCCAACGAUGAUUCUCGACCCUCUUCUGCCCGUCGCCCCGGCGAGGGUCAGAGCAUUGGUCCUGCCCAUCGGCCACAUCAAACACGAGCGCUUCACCGCCUUCGUCGACCGCCUCAAUGCCGAGAGUGUCGUCUUCCUCCGCGAUGUCAGCCCCGAUGGCCGUCCACACAGGAACAUGUUCUCGCCCCUCGCAUUCCCGGACGGCGCCAUGUUCUACGACCUCAUGACGCAUCAUCCGCCGCCGUCGCACCUCUCCCUCUCGCCGUUCGAUCUCUUCCGCGAGCCUCUCGCCGUAAUCGCCGUGGCGGACGGAGCUGAACUGCCCAACGUUGUCUUUAGCAAGAGGCACUCAAGUGGCAAGACUGUCGAGGAAGCAAACAUCCGGACACUGUACCAGGACCUGGAGGAUCUGAGAGAUCGGUACCCCAAGGUUCUGGCCCACCAGGUGUUAAUAUUCGACUACCAACCGGCCAAUGAAGAGCCCGUGCCGAUACCCGAGGGCAUCAUUACCAUCCCCCCUCCCGAACAGCUCAAGCGAACCACGAUGAAGACGGUCAUGUGCGACAUCUCCGCCCUGAUCCUGGCCGAGAUGACCACUCUGGCCAAGUCCUACGAGGGUAUGUCUUUCAUAGACUCUCCAGGACAGUCUUCAGCCCGUCAGCACGGCGCCGAAGAGACUGCCGCCUUCUCUAGGCGAAACUCGCAGUUCUCGUUGCCCGUGAACCGGUCGAGUUCUACAAGUGGAUUACCGGACAGGGGCCACCACGCGCGCAUGUCCAUGCCGCCCGUAGUCAACUCAAAGGGGCAACCGUUUACCUCGACUAGUUCCAGCUCCACUCCACUUCGGCCCUCAACACCUCUCAGCAGCAACAAGCCUCUCCCAUCGCCGCCCUCCACCUUCGAUAGCAUCAUUGGGCCCAUGGAAGCCCCAACGAGCCCCGAACAGAGCGGCCAUUCAAGACCGGAUGUGGUUGACGGGUUUAGAACGCAAAGCCAAGACCGCGUCUCGGUUCAAGGCUUUGGCUCCGGCGGUCUCAACGACCGGUGGCGGAGCAAGGGAAGGUGCCGGGUCCAGGUCGUAGUUGGAUCGCUCUAUCUCCAGGCUGGCCUGUGGAGCAACGCGCUCAAGGAGCUCGCCGAUGCAGCAACUGUGGCAAAGUCGAUUAAUGACCAUCUCUGGCACGGGAAAGCCCUAGAGCUGGCCCUCGUCUGCCUCUUGCUGCUGGGCUGGGCAGGUAUCGAGUUUCAGGUCCCCACCGUGAUGCUUCCGCCGCACGACAAGAGUUCGAGCAUCGCUACUGCGAUCCAGGAAGCCGAAGCGCGAGAUUCAAACCAACCUCGAUGGCUGCGGAACCUCCAGGUGCACAUGCCGGAAUUGCUCGAUCGCAUCACCGGCCUCUACUCGAGAAUAUCGGCCGAGCACUUACCCCCUCUGCCCUUUUCCGAGACCAUCAUCAGGUUCUGUAGGAUGCAGGCCGCCAUACACACCGCCAAUGGUAGGCUCUGUCCCGAGUCUUUGGACAUGAUUGUCUUUGGUCGUCCACCAAAGACACCACUUACCACGUCGCCUCGCUUCAACAUCCAGCCUACCCGGACGCAGAUCGUCACGACGCUGUUCAGAGCGUUUCCGGCAUCCUCCUCCGAGCUCCUUACCACCAUCGACCGAGUCGUCAUCCUCAGCGGGAUAGCGUCGCUGCUGGGGCAUCUCGGCUUUCAGAGGAAGAAGGCCAUGGUUAUUAGGGAAGUGGUCUCGGUCCUCGUGGGCGGCUUAGUCGAGGCCCGCACGAGAGGCGCGGCUGAUGUUGGCAUCCAUCCGGCUGCGGGGCUGGCCGGACUCAACGGCGCCAGUGCUCGGGAAGGGGCCGGUGGUGCUUUGGAACUUGCCGAGGGAGACAUCGAGCACGGCAUCGGGCCCUUCCUGGGGCUGUUGCUCAAGACGUACGGAGUCGUUACCGGCAACGCGACAGGGAAACCGGAAGACGACUGUGAUGAGGCCGUCAUGACGCGGAUCCAGAAGCAGUCCGCCGCAAGGUUCUUUGGUAUGCAAGGGGUCAAACUCGACAUCCUCCGGGCCUGCAUCAACUUCUCAGAGGCUUUGCCGGACUUUGCAGGAGUAUUGAAAUACUCGAGCGACCUGCUUCGCACGGCUGGCAGCGGCAUUGCCCCUGGCCCGCGAAGGGAAAAUGCCUACCCUUCCAUCACGAGGGAGGAGCAGGCCCGCCUGGUCAGCAACAUCCUGAAGACAUCGAAUCUGUCUCUCCGCUUGGGAAUGGGACCCUUGACGGCCGAGUACUGGGAUGAGUUCCUCGUCCGAGGCAUCACGCUGGAGGCGCUACCGCCGACGAGGACGCCCGUUCAUCAUGCCAAGACGGUUCUUCCGGGAAUAACGACAGCCAGGAGUUCCCAAGAUGUUGACCCCUUUAUUUACAACCCCUUUUUGAAGCGGCCCGACACAGCGACGGUCGACCGCACACUGGUAGCCGGCGAACCGGCGAACUUUAGACUGACUCUCCAGAACCCGUACGAGAUCGAAGUCGAGCUGGAGAGUAUCCGGCUUGACACGGACGGGGUUGAAUUUGAAUCCGCGGUGGAGGCUACCGUCAUUGGGCCCUACCGGACGCAGAUCAUGAGGAUCUCGGGGACGCCAAAAGGUGCAGGCACAGUCAAGGUCACGGGCGCCAUGGUCAAGGUGCGGGGGUGCCGGGAGAGAAGGUUCCCUAUCUUCGCGGAUCCCUGGGCACCUGAGGAUGAGGUCAGGAUCAAGGCGAUCGGGCUGGGCGCACUCGAUGUAAAUGCUGCGGCUGUGUCACCAGCUAUCCAGCGUCUAAAGCCGGAACACAUCGAGCUCAACGUCAUUGCCCCGCAGCCUGUCGUGGUCGUGAAGUCGUCGACGCUUCCCCAGUCGUCCGUCAUGAUCCUGGAGGGGGAGCGGCAAUGCUUCUCGGUCACGCUACAGAACCUCUCUCCCACAACACCCGUGGAUUUCUUGCUCUUCUCCUUCAAAGACUCGACCCAGGAGCCCUUACAGUUGGCGCUGAACAACCGCGAUGCAACGGCUUCCGAACUCUACGAGUACGAGCUCGUGCUUGCUAAGAAACACCCGCUUCGGCUGCGGAACCGUGAUAAUAGCAAGCGGUUUAUUCCUCCAGGUGGAACGGCUACCUUUGACUUCGAGAUCCUUGGGAGACCGGGUCUUACGCACGGGCUCAUCCAGGUGGACUACGCGCACCUUGGUAUGCCGCACGAUGAGGUGGCUGAGAAGUUCUACACGCGCCAAGUGUCGAUGGAACUCACCGUCACUGUCAACGCCAGCGUCGAGAUCACGCGGGUGGAUGUGCUCCCGCUCACCAGCAGCAUCCCUGCGCCACUGUGGUCCCGCGUCACCCGCCAUCAGACAGAUCCGUCGUCUGAACUCACACCAGACACUCACUGCCUUUUGCUCCUCGACCUCCGUAAUUCCUGGCCAAGCCAAAUGGCCAUUACCCUCACGUCUUCCGACGGUGCGCAAGUCGAGGAGCAAAUCCUGCCUGGCAACACCUCCCGGCUCGUCCUUCCCAUCAGGCGCGUCUACCUCGAAGACCCACACGCCUUCAUACCGGCCCUCAACCCAGCCCGCCAGCGCCAGUUCGUCGUCAGCACCAAGAUCUCGCCGGAGGUUGAGCGCGCCAGCCGCGAAGCCUUCUGGUACCGCGAGAAGGUCCUCGACACGCUGAGCGCCACAUGGCGUACCGCCCCCUCCGGCAACCACCACCACCGGCGAUCCGGCGAGAUCGAGGUGCGCGCCGUACGGCUCACUGCCCGCAUGAUCGAAGCCAUCAAGAUCGACGAUGUCGACAUCGACCUCGCCGUGGUGGACCCGGCCACAGGCGAGGCCCUGAGCAGUGGCGGCAAUGACUCGGGCCGAUACCUGGUCGCCGUUGACGAGUUCCUCCAGUUGCGCGUGCGCGUGACCAACCGCUCCGCGCGCCCCGUCUACCCCCUGCUCCGGCUCACGCCGGCGCUGUGCCACCGGCCGUUCAACGUGUCUCUCGACUUCACGCGCAAGAUGGCCAAGUUCGCGUGGAACGGCAACCUGCAGCAGGCGCUACCCCUGCUGCCCGGGAACGGCGGCACGGAGGAGGUGGCCAUGGGCAUCACGGCGCUGUGCAGGGGCGAGUUUGAGAUUGCGGCGAGCGUGGAGGAGACCAGGUUAUGGGUCGAUCCGGACGAGCGGGCGAGGGAGGAGAGGGAGAAGGAGGAGGAGGCCAGGCGUAAGGGCGGCAAGUCCGAGGCCGAGGCGCAGGUUAUGAUCUUGGGUGCCGCGCUCGGCAAGAGGGAGCGCAGGGUGUGGCAUGCCAGGCGGCCUUGUCGGUUGGUUGUUAGAGAUCGGGUGGGCUAGAGAGAGGACGGGGUUUAGGGUUUGUAUGGAUGGGAGAGGGGCGAGUGUGUUUGAAUGAGUAUAAUUCAUGCAUUGGUUGGGGUUGGUUGGAUAAUGCAUCCGACGGGACUGCCUUGAAUUACAAUGCUCAUUGAGUGAUGUUAUUCCACAGCUCGGCCCCUGUUUGUUUCAUCCGGUGUUGAAUCAGGUAGGUAAACUAUGUUGAGUACUAUGGGGAGAGGAACGUUAGGUCCGGGGUUAGGGUUGUCUAUGAGGACGGCAAAGACCGGCUUAUGCUUUUUGCUCUUUUACACAGUAGAUGAAAAGGCUC